CUUCUUACUGGAAGAGUUGUAUUUUGCCUUCGCCUGCGGGCAGAGAAACUUCCCAGUUGUUCUGUCACUUGAAAAACCGAAGAACAUGGAAGAAGCCCAUCCUGAAAGUGAGGACACCUUCCCUGAUAUGGAUCUGAAGGACUGGGACCUUCAGUACUCUCCUUUUUUCAGUGUUGAAGCAACUUCAGAGUUCUACAAGACAAACCUAAGACAAGUGUUCAAAAAAGGCUCACGUGGGUACAAUCAGAAACUGAGAAGUGAGCUGACCAGGCUGAAAUCCUUUGACAAUUUCCCAUCUCUUUCCCCCUUUACCCCAGAAGAGCUGGCCAGUGCCGGUUUCUUUUCCCUGGGGCAGAAGCCAGCUGUGCAGUGCUUCUGCUGCGGACUGAUUGUCGUUAUUGCAAGUUUCCAGCCCCCUCAACAGCUGCACCUCAAAUAUAGGCAGGAUUGCGGCUUCCAGCAAGGGCUGGAUGUGGGAAACAUUGGCAAGUAUGAGAUCAGAGUCAAAGCCCUUGCAUCUGAAGUGAUGGAGGUCCCAGCACAUUGCGCGGAAGAAACAUGGAGGUUGGAAACCUUUGCUCACUGGCCCUUUUAUUGUGAAACCAAGCCUUCUUUGCUGUCGGAUUGUGGCUUUUACUACACGGGUGUUAAAGAUUACGUCCGGUGCUUCUCGUGUCAGGGGGUGCUGGGAGACUGGGAGGUGGGCAGUGAUCCCUGGCAGGAGCAUGCCAAGUGGUUUCCAGGGUGUGAUUACCUCCGAAGCCGACUGCCAGAAAAUGUGAUCUCCCAGCAUGGACAUUCAUACAGUGGAUUUCAUGGACUAACGGCUAAAAGUUACAUUUCAUCCUGCAGAAUGACUGGAGACGCUGAAGUGAUGCAUGCUAUCCAAGUCCCCUCAUCUGAGGAGAUAAUUUGCAGUAUGUUUGAGGAUGAAGAUUCUCGAAUGGAGUCCUUCACCCAGUGGCCAAGUAGCUCAACCAUCCUCCCCAGACAGUUGGCCCAGGCCGGAUUCUUCUACACAGGGAAAGAAGAAAUUGUUCAGUGUUUUUGCUGUGGAGGACAGAUAUCACAGUGGGAAGAAACAGACCCAAUACAGGAGCACCAGAAUCAGUUUCCACAGUGUCAAUAUGUCAGAGACAUCAACCUGUCUCCACGCCAUGUUCUGACAGAUAUGGAUGACAAGAGGGAGAUGCGCAUAAAUCCCGACGUCCCUGCUAGAAGUUUACAGCUGCCUUCCUCAGAGACCCAUUCUGUAAAGGAGACAUUGGAUAUGAAGGCCACUUAUCUACAGGCCCUUCUCCAGAAAGCCUAUUCAAGAAGGGAGUUCAGUAGAACAUUUCCAUUCUCUGAUGUCAAGAUUCCUUUUGACACUCGAUUGGUGUACACCCAGCUGGCUAUGGUCACAAAGGACUUCAGGAAUAUUCCGUUGCACAAAAUAACUCUGUCUGAGUUACUGAGACAGCUCAGGAACAUCACUGUUGUCGAUGGACUGCCAGGAAGUGGGAAGACAUCUUUCCUUAAAAAGAUAGCCAUGCUUUGGGCUCAAGGAACAUGCCCUCUUCUGAAAAGAUUUAAAUUUGUGCUUUACAUCUCCUUGAAAAAUGUCAGCAAGAACCAGAAGGUGACCAAAAUAAUUAGUGAUCAGCUUCUUGAAGAGGAGUUGGACAUUUCUGAACAUGCCUUCAAAGACAUUAUCCACCAUUAUAGUGCUAGUGUCCUAUUCCUUCUUGAUGACUUUGGAAGGAACAAUGGUCCUUUGCCUUCACUAAUAGACCAGGAGUUGAUUCAUUGCAAUCACUGGUUGAACAUCCCCAUCAUUAUUGUUGUCAGAACUCAGAGUCUCCAUCUAAUUCGGAAGCAUGCCCAGCUCCUCAUCUCCAUCCAGGAUUUUCCAUUACAUGCAACCAUUCACAUGUGCCGCAGCCUGCUUUCUUACCAUAUGGAUCUAGUGGAAGAUGCAUUCUACAGACUACAAACAUUCAUUCUCCUCAGACCCAUUAUAAAGACGCCUUUAAUGGGGCUCAUUGUCUGUGUGUCCAGAAUCAAAUUUCCUGCUAGAGUGUUUUCCAUCAUAUUCCUUUUUGAUUAUUACUUGCAGUUUAUCAAGCAAAAUCAUAUUAGUGACUUGAAUAUCUUUAAGUCAGCGGUGUCCAGCCUCGGCGAGCUCUGCUUGGAAGGGCAGUUUGAAGGUCGAUUUCAGUUUACAGCGGAUGACCUUCUCCAGGCUGGAGUGAAGGAAUCUGAUGCCCUAGAGCUGGGGCUUCUCAACAAAUUGACUUCCCAGCGGCUCCGGCCUGUGUACUCUGUGUUUCAUGUUUAUUUCCAGGAUUAUCUAGCUGCACUGCGGAUGAAUGAGCUCCUAACUUCCAGUAUUCCUGCAGAGAGAGAAAAAAGUCAAAAUGACUUGAAGAGGAUUGAUUCAGUAGCCAAGUUCGUUUACUUUAAACUUUUCUUGUUGUUCACCUGUACGAUGUCUCAAACAGCUGCUACUGUCAUUGUAGACUUCGUACUCAAUAAGCUCAAUAGGAAUACAGAUUCUAGAGCUGAUGAAGUUAUCAAUAAGUACCCUGAAACAACGGAUAUGAAUAAUCAUAUUAUUCAAUUUUUAUAUGAAUUUCCAGAGUGCCGUGAUUCAUCUGUUGACACUUACCUGUUGAACGAAGUUUUAGAUGUAUUGUACGACACACAGUUUUUAGAGAUUUGUGGUCCGCUCAUUAAAGACUUCAUGAAGGACAGAACUUUCACUGUCAGUGCCAUUCAACCUCAGGCAAUCUUGCGCUUUAUAACUGACUACCCUGAGAGUCUCACAGGAAUUAAAAGCUUCCACCUCCAUAUCCUUCAGGGUGCAAAUAACUUGCACGACACAACCGAAGAACUGUUGCAAGUGGAGGUUCCAGAAGAAUAUUCUGGUUUGUUCAAUAACUCUCAGACCUUUCAAGCAGAUUUAAACUUCUGUAAAAACGGCCUAAAACUCCUGUUUAACAUGAUUAGAUCUCAGAUUCCCAGCGUGAUCGUUGAUGUAUGGUGUCCAGCUCAUGACAAAUACAAAAUCCCACUUGUGCAUUUAACUUUUAUUGAAACGCACAGCCUGAAAGACAGUGAUCUGGAGAACAUGGAUGUCCUGUUUUACUUGUCUGAAUCUAUAGCUCUGGAUUUGCUGGAAAGUCCAGGUGUCAUUGAAAGAAUGCAACCUCUUCUGGAAAAAUAUGCAAAACGAGUAAAGAAAUUGCACCUUAACAUGAAUCGUCUGAGUGAAAAUGAACAGGCCGUUUUAUGUUCAUUCACCAACUUGUGUACCUUAACCGUUAUGAUUAAGAACAAAGAAGAAGCACCAGAAUUACUGUUCCGACAAAUGGAGAGAUUUCCAAGUCUGCAGCAAUUAAACUUGAAUGUGUACCAAUCUAAAGAGUUUUUUGAAGUUCUGCCCAUUGGAUUCAGCAAAAUGAGAGGAUUAAGGAAACUUAACCUGAUGAUGGACGUGACCGAGAAUGGCGUCAUACUAGCAUGGCUCCUAACCUGCUUUCCAUUGCUGGCCAGCUUUUCACUGGUGUCUGACCACUGUCCUGACUUAGAUGCCAUACUCAAUGCACUGCCCUGUGCUGGCCUACAGUACCUCAAACUGGGCUGUAUAACGUUCACUGAGUCUCAGCUGUGGUCUUUUGCUACAAAACUUGGGACAUUAACUAAUUUAAAAGUAUUGAAGCUCUGCAAAGAAUUGUUUGACAGCACUGAAAUAAUGCCAACCUUUGUCUGUGCUCUCAAAGAGCUGACACAACUUGAGACUUUGCAUCUUCCUUUUGGGAAAGGGGUAGAAGCAGAAGCAGGCUCCAUCAUUGCAGUCUUGCAAACUCUGACGCGUUUGAAGUCCAUUCAGAUGCGCUCUUCUUUGAAUGAUGAGAACCUUGUAAAGAUUGCGAAAGCCACACAAGGCGGGAGCUUUUCUGGCCUUCAGAAACUCAUUUUGAGUCAUAACAUCAGCACCACAGACAGAGGCUGGCAAGAGUUUUUCCACACUCUGAGCAGUCUGAAGGACCUGGUAAAGCUGAACAUCUGCAGACCCUUGAGUCACCUGCUAAAACCUUCCUCCUCCACAGUCAUCGCCCUCGUAAGAGCUGUAUCGCAGCUUCCUAGCAUGAGGCAUGUUGUGGUGUCUGGGUGGCUGCUGGAUGACAUGGACCUGAAGGUGUUUGAAGACAUGAAGAAAUCACAUGCACAGUCACAAUAUUUGAUGUUAACUUUCAAAAUUGGUGCCAAACCACAAUUUGUACAGGAUCUUUAAACAAACUGGACAUACCCUGUUCAGUCACAUCAAAACACGCAUAUAAGGAGUUGCUUACUUGCCCAUCAUGGAAUCUAUUGAAUGUUGCAAGAUUGCAUUUCCUUCAUUUUUUCAGCAUCAGUCUUCGCAUUGUUUCAUUAUCACCAUGUGAUAUCUGCAAUGUGACAAGUGUGUUCUGAAUGACAGGGCUUAUCAUUUACAUUUAAUUAAGGUGAAGACAUGCUUUUUUGUAAUAGGUGUGUAAUUCAAUUUGUUAGACGACACGUUCCAUUUUACCAACGACUGGUACUAAAUGCAGCAUACAGACCGAAAAGGUUUGGAAUUCCAUCUUUUAUUAACCAAUUUGGUUGUGAGUGCAAAGAUCGGUUCAACUAUCAAGACUUAAGCCUUUGACUUACUUUUACUGAUAACGUUACAGACCUACUACUUAAAAGUGUUCACUGUGGUUCUAGUCAAUGAUCAGACUAGUAAGUAUAUUUACUGCUGGAUUGCAGACCACUAUGUGUCCAUCUUCUAGAUUGUAUACUUUAACAGUAGCUCCAAGAUGUCAAAACAGAAUUUAAAAAAAAUAGUAUUACACCAUACAUUUGUGAAAACAACCUUCCCCACAAUUAGAUAUAUUUAUAUUUGGCUGAAUCUUACCAGUUUAACCUGUUGUGACGUGUUCAGCUAAUCACCAGUGGAAAAGCAGUUUUCUGCAAUGUGUCCAACUGGUUACCGUGGACGUUUAUGAGAUGUUUUACAUAAGAAAAUGUUAAAAUUGGCAAAUGAGAGAAGGUCACUAUAACCUGGAAUUUUGGUGUAUUCUCCUCUAGGUGUUUCGUGAAACAAGUAAUGGUAACACCCUACAAAACAUACAUUGUCUUUGUUCCUAUUCCUAUUAAUCUCAUCACGAUCACAAAUGUGUUGACUGUUAAACAAAAACACGUUUUUAGUUUGUUGUACCAACAUUUUUGGAGGAUACCUUGUUUUUGUAUUUUGGUGAACAAAACCGACAACCAUAUUUAAAAGCAGGUAUUACUAGUGAAUUAAACAAUGUUAGUACACCAUCCCUGAAUUAAAUUCUCCAAUUUUCACCACAUA